AUGUCAACGUCUAAUAACACUCAAUUGGAUCAUUCAAAAGUUAAAUUUCCAAUUAAAAUAAUCCAUUGGUCUUUAGAUUAUUCAGGUGAUGACGAUAGUAAAUUAGCUACACCAAUCUUAUUACAAGAAAAGAAUGGACCAUGUCCAUUAAUUGCUUUAAUUAAUACAUUACUUCUUAAAGCAGAAGAGCAAAUAAGACAUAACACUAGAAAUGAAAUUAAAAUUACUUCAAUUGAAGAAAAGAAAUUGAUUGGAGUUUUAGAAUUUAAGAAUUUCUUAAUGAAUCAAUAUAACAUUUCAACAAACAUUGACUUAUCAACACUUUUAAGUCAUUUAGGUGAUUUAUUAUUAAUCUAUGUUGAAGAAAGUGGAUACCAUUAUGAAGUUGAUAAAUUAUUGGCCAAUUUACCACUUUUACAUACUGGAUUAUCCGUUGAUCCAAAUUUAUUAACGGGAGAUUUUACUCCUAAUGAUAUUGCAACUACGUUAUUUAAAUUAUUUGAUUUGAAAUUAAAACAUGGUUGGGUUAUAAAUCAAAUCGAUAAUGAAAAUAUUGAAUGGAAUUCAGAUCAACAACAAACCUCCAGUCCAACAUCAUCCCCCAAAAUUGAUAAUUAUGCUCAUGUAGUUGAUUUAUUUAAUAAAUUACAAACAUUUGAUCAAAUUCAAGAUUUCUUAUUAGAUUCAUCUCCGCUGGUUGAAGAUAAUGGAGUAGUAGAUACUUUGGAUCAUUUUCAAGAUAAACGAUUAGUACAAAAAUGGUUAGAUUUAAAUAAAACUCAAUUAACUCAAAUUGGAUUAAAUCGAUUAAAUUUCAAUUUAUUAAAAGGGGAAUUCAUUGUAUUCUUUAGAAAUAAUCAUUUUAAUACUUUGUUUAAAAAAGAUGAACAAGAGUUUUAUAUCUUAUUAACUGAUGCUUCAUUCACAAGCAAAUCUUCCAAAAUUAUAUGGCAAUCAUUAAAUUCCGUUUCUGGCAAUGAUGAUUUAUUCUUCACCGGUGAUUUCUUACCAAUAUUAGAUAUUGAUCAGGAUUUACCACCUCAUGAUGAAACUCAUGGGUCUGAUUACUUGUUGCUGAAACAAUUACAAGAAGAAGAAGAUCAACGAAUGGCAAAAGAAAUGCAAGCUUCUUAUAAUAAACCAAAACCUAAAGAACAACCACCAGUAACAAAGUCAAGUGAUUCAAAAGAAGAGAAAAAGAAAAAGAAGAAAAAGCUAGGUUGUGUAAUUACUUAG